UUUUCAUUAUGAAUCUCGCCUUCGUCAGAGAUCUAGAAACAUGGGUGCAGUUGAUAUCAGAUGAUGGGUUCAACCAGAAAUUUAAUUAGCCGGUAAUACACUGCUCUUCUUUAUCAUUAUUUCAACAUCAUUGUCAUUGAAGAAUUCAAACCUGUUAAGGUUGUUGUUUAUUCAAAUAUUUGCUAGAUGAUGAUAAAGGUUCAGUUAUUUUGAUGAAACAUCUAUCUAUUCAUUAUCCGAAUGUGAAGUGUAACAACUCAAACUAAAUCAGGUGAGUUCAGAUCAGUUGAAGAAAAGUGAAGUUGUAUGAUCAAAGCAGAAUGUAUUCCAUCAAUUCUUUCGUCUUAUACAAGCUUAUUUUCAUAAGUGCCAUCCUCAAAGAAACCAUUUGUGAUAAGAAGAAUGUCUUCUCUUUACUGAAGCAAUACAACACAAUGAAUCAAACAUUUGAUAUCAUUCCUUCUUCCGAAAAUCCAAACAAUGUGACAGAAGUGGUGACAACUUUAGAUUUCAUACUCAAAUUGCAAUUUAUCCUCGACGAAGAAAGAAUAAUUCCAUACCUGAGAGAAGAGAUUUAUCAGAAUUACGAAAAACACAACAUAACGACAAACGAUCUGGUAGACCUUUGGAAAUUGAGAGAUUCCGAUGUGAAGGAUCUUUUGAGAAUUCUCGAUAUUCCUGAGAUUCUAUUGAACUUGGGUACUUUUCGGCAAAUACUCGGUGUAGCAAACUUGACAUUGAACGAAUAUUACACGGAGAUCAGAAAGAAUAUCACUAACCAAAACCUAAUGGAAAUCCUGCAAAUCCUGGAUAUAGAUCGAUCAAACUUCUCAGCAGCCAUAGCUUUUGGUACUGAAGAUCAGCUCUUUGAUGUUUUGGAUAAAGGUGAUUAUACUUGGGAUAAGUUUGGGAAGAUCGACAACCAAACUGGAUUUGAUAUACCCAGGGUGACUAAAAAUCUGAUAUUGGAUCAGCUUAUGGGUAGGAAUAUCUCGAAUGUAGCCAUUGAUGUACAAAAACUUCCCUUGGUGAACAAAAAUUUAUACGAAAGGAUUUGGUAUAAAAUGAAUAUAAGCACUUAUGAUAUAUACAAGAUUCCAAGUAUCAAGAGAAUUGUUGACAACAUUCAUGAAGAAAUAACAGAAAAUGUUACUUUUGGAAUAGCUGUAAGUGAACAUGAAAUAAUUAUGCACAAAAGAAUACUUCACAGUUUGGAGAAGGUAAUGGGUAUAAUCACAAUUUACGGUGAAUCCAGAAGAAGUAUUUAUGAUAAUUUAACACUUGUAGAAGGAUCUUUGAGAAAUACUGCAUCUCUAUGGAGUAAUCAUUCCAUUUCUGAUAAAAUAGAGAUUAUGGAUAAAAUAACAAACUUGACUUCCCUGAAUUGCACCUACAUCGACAAUGAUAUGAACGAAAGGAAUGUAACAUUGAUCAAUGUGUCACAGCAAAACAUCACGGUAACAAUAGACGAUGCUGUCGUUUUCAACAUUGGUAAUCCACUGAUUUGUAAUGGAAAAUUAAUAGGAUUAGCUGCUGAAAACGUGACAGAUGAAAGUGUUAUCCUAUUCGACGCUUUCUUCAAACCCGUUGAAGAAUCAAACAGUAACAGUGGAAAGCUGUAUCCUCCUACGCUUUUGAUUAUGUCGAUCAUGCUCAUCUUCAAAACUCAAUUUUGAACAAUUGGUAUUCUUAGGAUUAUUCUGAUCGAAAGAAGCAUGUGCAAGGGUAGUGCAGACUCUUGUGAGAGAUUAAGCUUAAAUAAGGAAGCAAGUCCUUCAAAUUUGACAAUGUGAUACUUUAUGCCGCAUAAUCAGUGAAUCAUGGCCGAUGUUGUGAUAAAACAAAUAAAUAUUGUAUAUGUUAUUAUUGUGAAACAGAGAUCUUGAUGUUUAUUGGGAAUUAGUUUGAAAUCACUCCAUUAAAAUAUUGUAAGUAGUGAAGAUUGACUUGGAUUAAAUGGCUAAUUGAAAAUAUAAGUUUGGAUCUAAUAAUAAUUAUUGUAUAACGACUUCUAAAUAAAUGUUACCACUUCUACUGUAUAAUUAUGCCGACAGACAGCUAUAUAUUGGUUAUACAUUUGAAUGGAUUUCAAAAUUUUAACAUGUAAUAAUAGCAUACCAUCUUUUUCAGUACUAUAGUUAUUUUAUACCAAUGUUUUCUUGAAAAAAGACGAGAUUUUUUUUAUUAAAACAGGACAAGCAAGACUAUACUCGGAUAAAAAAAGACCAUUGAAAUGUAAAAUUUCGAAAUUUGACAUCCAACUAGAUAACAAAUUUUGAUUUGUAAUAUUUUGUUUUUGUUUCCAAUAUGUCCUUGUUAUCUGAAAAUAUAUUCUGGUUUCUCAUAUCUAGACGUCCGAAUGGUUUGUGAAAUGGAAACGUAUAAGCAAUAAAUGUAUAUUUAUUUUGUAUAA